AAAUAAUUUGAGCUCUAUGCAAUAGGAGGACUCAAGACAAAAUGCCAAAGUACUACUGCGACUACUGUGACACAUAUCUUACUCAUGACUCUCCAUCUGUAAGAAAAACACACAAUGGUGGACGAAAACACAAGGAAAAUGUGAGGAUUUACUACACCAAGUGGAUGGAGGACCAGGCUCAGUCCCUAAUUGAUCAGACAACAGCUCAGAUGAAGAUGAGCCAGCCACAGCCUCACUCGCAAGUCCUAAUACACCAGCCCGUCAAUGUGAUGCCAGUGAUGGUGGCACGAGGCCCGCCUGGUAUGGGUAUGAUGGGCGGACCCAUGCUCAGACCUGGACAAGUUCCUCUUAGAGGUCCGAUUGGUCCACCAAGAGGCUCACCCUAUGGAAGACCACAGAUGCAGAUGGGGAUGAGAGUUAGAGGUCCCAUGCCACCGGGCAUGAUGGGUGGAAUGAUGCCUCACAAUGGCUUGUGAGAAAUGAACGAUUGGGUCUAAAACCGGAAAUUGCUCACCUGUCUUCGUGAUCAGAAGUCAAAUGAAAAUAUAUUUCAUAUAUAAUAUCAACGUUAUUGUAAACAAUCAAUAUCUGAAAAUAGCUAACAUGAUUAACGAGAUAAGUUUUGCUUUAAGCCGCGUCAAGAUAAUUUGUGGAUUUAUCUUUAAAAUUUUACCUUCUUUACAAUAGAGCGGUAUGCUUAUUGAGCUCUUUUUAAAAUAUGCUUUUGAUGCUUUGCCAUAUUUAAAUUAACAGAAGUUUAAAAUCUAUCCAUUUGUGCAGUUUAUCUGAGAUUAGCUGUGUGGUCCAUAAUUUUAAUUGGUGAAUGGUGACUAAAUAUAAAACUAUUAUCUAAGCUUCAAUCUUAUUUUUAUUCUUGAUGUCAACUCGUUCCCGUCAUUUGUGUUCCUUGA